AGUCACUGUUCAGUUUACCUCUGGAAAAUCAACCGAUAUGAAGACCUGAUGUGGUGGAAUUAACAGAGAGAGAAAGAGAGCAAUGUCAUCUGAAGAGCAGGAAAAAUUCUUGUCUUACAAUGGGGAAGUCCUUGUUUUUCAGCUGUCUAGAAGAAAAUUGUCAGAGGAGAGGCCUGCAAAAAUAUCAAGACUCCACGUCCGAAAAAUGGCAUUUGACAGAGGCACAAGAACAUUUAUUCAGCAGGCCACUGGAAUAUUCAGCCUUCACGGGGAGCAUUUCAGUGUUGAAAUGGUUUGCUGCAGCUGCACAGUCGACUCCCGGACAGGAAUUAAUCUCCCUUGCAUUUUGAUGAGAAAGAAGAAAAAACCCAGCAUGUUCAAAUAUUUUUUAUUGCUCCUUCACAGCUCCAAUAAGUUUGAGCAGCGGCUGGCUUUUGAAUUGGACUAUGAGCUGCAAGAUGACGUAAAGCUGCUUGCUGGCCCGUCUGUCUUGUGGAGGCAUUCCAGUGCCGUUUUUUACAUCUCCUCCCAAACUGCCACCAUAGUUAGUGCUCCUGUUCUAUUUUCAUCGAUUGAGUGGGCAGGAGAUAUUGAAAAUCUAGGUACUGUUAUAUUGGGAGUAAGAGAAGCUCAUCUGCCCAUGGAAGAAAUCAGCCAGGUGGCUUCAGAAUCAGAUGCGGCCAUUUGGGGAACUGAAUUCUUUGUGUACUCAAUUGAGAGAAAAGAAACGUUGACUGGUGCAUGUUUCUUGCCCCACGCCUAUGGCAGUGUGGUGACUUGUGUGCAUGUGUGUGCCAUUGAGGUAUUGGACAAGCAAUUCAGAACAUCUGUGGUUGCUGUCACUUCCAAGAAUCAGUUAAUUUGGUUCCAAGAUGGUCUCCCAAAAAAUAUUUGCCAGCUUCCAUAUGAAAAUCCCCAUGAAGUACAGGUUAUGGCUUCAGUUGGAGGGGACUUCUUCAUUGUCUUCUUUGAAUCCAGUAAUGUUUGUGCAAUUUGGAAAAAUGACUUUCAGGUUACUUCCAGGUGGCAGAACGUUAAGUCAGUUCUGGUAGAUGACUUUACUGGAAGUGGAACUGAGCAAAUACUGUUGAUUUUUGAGGAUGCAUUCAACCCAGAUAGUCUGACUACAUUCAGAAUAACCAAUCUCAGUGACAUUAACUACUCAAGUGAUAGUUUUGAGCGUGAAGAAGAUGCUUCGCCUGAAGAUCAACUACAGGAGAAUCGUUCCUUUAUGAUUCAGGCUCUUGAAACAAGAUUGCAAGUUGGUUUGGCUGGUAUUCAAGAAUUGAAACAGCAUCUUCACCUCAAGGAGAAAAUCAUUACAAAGUCUUGCAGAGCUUUAGUAGACCUUGCCCGGGGGAAGGAAUAUACUCUUGGAAGUGCAGAGGAGGAAGGUCUUGUUUCUCUGUGGGAAGAUUCCGAGCAGCCUCCCCAUCCCACUGAAAAGCCAAGUGACACAUCUCCAGAUUCAGAACAUCUAGUAGAGAAGCUGUGGCAUCGUGUGCUGGAUGACCACUUGGUUGUUGGACUAAAAUUAAAGUAUUCACCUAUCUUAUCUCUGACUGACAUCACUUUAUCUCUGCUAAUGGAUCAACCUUGUUGUUUGAACUCUCCACUUAUCGAGUGUCAGAAUAAAGUGAUAAAGCUGAAAACGGAUUCUUUCUCAGCGACAUCAUUUUCUGUUAGGCCAGCAGAACCUGAAGCUAAAAGGAUAAAGCUGGCCCAUCCCGAAAAAGAAGGGGACAAUAAUUUCAGUGAACAGCAGCUGGAAACAGACUGUAUACAAAUGUACACUGCUGUUACCUCUCUUUCACCUCUUUUGGUAUUACACAAUUUUUGUUGUGUUGUGCUGCUUCAUGCCCAAAGAAGAGAGAAUGAAGAGACCACUGGAAAACACCAGGAAAUUGCUAUACCUUGUGGGAGACUCUGUAUAAAUCUGGAUGACCUUUCCGGGGGAAAAUAUUCCAUAAAACUUUCAAGGCAAAAUAGUUUUACAGGAUUUGUAGAGGAUCUUUUUGCCACUCUUGCUAUAUUUCACAAAUUUUGUUUUCAAAUAUCAUCACCUGAUUAUAAACUGACAUCCGUGGCUCCCUGGCUUAUUGAAGACCUGGAAUGUGAAGUAAUUGAGGAAUUUCCUGGCCACCUGCUCUGUAAAAAGCCUGGCAGUGUGCAAGGGAGCCUUUUCAACUGGAGCCAAAAGAUGCCAUUUGAGGGCAUUCUAGAAGUCUUCUGCAGAAAUCAAACCAUUUUGUUCCAGUGCCUUCAUGAUCUCACCAAGGUUCUCCCUCCAGGCUGUGUGAUAAAACAACUAAAGUUUGGGAGCAGGGGCUCCCUUACUGACCACCUGGCACUAGGUUUAGAAAAGGAAAUGGUUACCUUCAGGAGUUUGUUUUCAUCUGCAGUAUCUGAGACUGAUCAAAAGUUGGGACUGAUGUGUGAGGCUGACCCACAAUGCAGCAGUGACACCGUGGCGGCUUCAUCACUCCCAGAAGAAGUAGUGCAGCAGUACAGAGACAAACUUCAGAAGGAAAAAGAGCAAAGCAUGUUGGGGAUGAACCUGACGAUCACUGGUGCUCAUUACAGAGAAAUUACUUGGAAACUAGCUGAGAUUCAGCUAAAAUCUGACAGAGAUGCGCAGAAUCUGGACAGUUUAUAACCAUAAUCAAAACAUGCAUCAUUUGUUGCACAGAGACAUGAGGCACAUGAACCUGUUUUAGGGCAGCAUCCCUCUCCCUGGCUCACGCAAAGCCUUAUUCUGCUCUCCCCAGCUGGAAUCGAAGGAUUGUUGGAGGACCAUGUCAGGAUCUUC